CUAUUGUGUUAGAGUUGGAUUCGAACUCAAGACGGCUUGGUUUUCUGCAUCGAUCCCUCUUUCACGCGAGCUCAUUCAUUUACUUUGGGUUUAGGGUUUCGAUAGAUAGGCAAGUGGCCACGACAUUCCGAGAGCGUCACCGAACCAGUUGUCACCUAUAUAGGGAAACGUUAGGCUUCUGUCGCAUUCUCUGUGGAUGCCAAACAAAAAAAUCAGGUUUAAAGACUUUAAAAACAAUGGCGGGAUUUCCAGGUUUUAGUUACCUUGGUCCAAAAAGCAAGAACACAGUUGUAGCGGGUGGAUUAACGGCUUUUGUUUUUGGGGUAUACUUCUACACAAUGAGGGCUGUUGGUGGCACGGACGAACUUCAGGUGGCUAUUGACAAGUUCGAAGGCCAAAAACCAGUUGAGACCGACACCAAGGUUCCAUCUAAAGUCUAAUCCUCACCGGCUUGAUAUGUCCAACCAACCCCGUUGUUGUUUAUCUUUGUCUUCCAAGUUGUUUACUUCACUCUCGUUCGUCAGAUUGGUAUCUGUGGUUUGAGUCUCAGUCCAAUCCCUAAUACAGUGUUUUAAACAAGAGAAUUCUGAUCAGGACAUGGUUUGAUUCUUGAUAUUAUUGUAUUAAGUUCUCAGCUUUAUCAUAAUCUUGUACCUACAUGUUUGUUA